UUAACCUUUACAACAAGGGCACACUGCUGGCUCAUAUUCAGCUUAUUGUCCACUGUAACCCUCAGGUCCUUUUCUGCAGAGCUGCUGCUCAGCCAGUCAGUCCCCAGCCUGUACUGGUGCAUGGGAUUGUCCUUAUUGAAUCUCUAACCUGUUCUUUUGCCACUGUCAGCUCCUCAGCUCCUCCCCAAACUGUGCUGCCAGGUGCCGUAGUCUGGGAGCUGACCUUCCCUGUGAAGACCGAGGUGAAAAAGUCAUUGAGUACUUCAGCCUUUUCCUCAUCACCUGUCACUAGGUUGCCUCCCCCAUUCAGUAAGGGACCCACACUUUCCCUGAUCUUCCUCUUGUCACUGACAUAUUUAUAGAAAACCUUCUUGUUACUCUUCACGUCCCUUGCUAGUUGCAACUCCAACUGCACUUUGGCCUUCCUGAUUUGAUCCCUGCAUGCCCAAGCAAUGCCCUUAUACUCCUCCCUAGUCAUUUGUCCAAGUUUCCACUUCUUGUAAGCUUCCUUUUUGUGUUUUAGCUCACUGGAGAGUUCCCUGCUAAGCCAAGCUGUUCUUCUGCCAUAUUUGCCACUCUUCCUGCACAUCAGGAUUUUUUCUUCCUGCACCCUCAGUAAGGUUUCGUUAAAGUACAGCCAGCUCUCCUUAGCCUGGCCUCCCAAGGGAUCCUGCCCAUCAAUUCCCUGAGUGAAGCUUGCAGGAGCAUCAGGAAGUUUGAGUUGCCAGCAGUUAUAAAAACAUUCUGGGAUACCAAAUGGAAGAGUACUCUUCAAAUGCAAAAAGUUUAAAUCCAAAUUAUUUUUUUUCUAUACAUUUCUGAUUUACUGAAGUUUAGUAAUAAUUGGAACAAAUACAUGCUGCAACCAGAUCCCAAACUGUAAUGAAUGGUUGUAGAGGUUGAAGCAUCAUAGCCAGAAGGUGGCGCACGUGAAACAUGAUUCUGUAUCACAAAAUCAUUGAAAAUCAUUAAAAAAAUCAGGGGUAUCCUGUAGUCAUGUGCUUAUACUGCACCCAAACAGACAGAGGUUUAUUUGUAUUAAACUGCUUUUAUUUCAUAUUAUUACUAUUCUUGUGGCAGUAAAAGACUGCUAUACUUUUAAAGCAUAACUUCAUAUGGUAACGGGGAGGGAUACAGAGGUGUAUAGUCUAAACAGGAGCCAUUGAAGGGAUUGUGCUUCAGGUUCCAGGAGCACAGAGCGGUGUCAUCAAAUUGGCCUGCAGCCAGGUGUCAGAUACGCCUUCUGGAGAAUUUAUAAAUUGGAAAGGAACAAAUUGAUCACUCACUAAAGAAUCAUGUUUUUUAUUGGGUUGCAGACAAAGCAGAAUCAUAAACAAAAUGUAUACCGUAUCUGCUUCUUCCUCCUUCUUCCUCACAUCUAGCAGUAAGUAGUAAUGGGCAAAUACAAGGGUACCUGAAUUCUGCUCUGCAUGCUUGAUCUGAGGUAUCCUGACCUUAGCUCUGCUCAGUUAGAGUUUAUUUUCACUCAAACAACUUUUCCAGGUUAAGGACCUAUGAAAUAGGUUGCUGUCAGUGUGGAUGAGAUCCAGAAAGAGAUCUAGCACUGCAAAAUUGAAUGCAGUAGCACCUGCCUUUUAAACACCUUGUUCUCUGAGUAGAGAAUGAAUGCAUGGGGAGAGGCAGGUGCUUCAGAACUUCUAGUGCUCUAAGAAAGGAACAGUAGGCCUUGUCAUAUGGGGCACAGUAGGUGUUAAACCUGUUUGGUAUUAAAUUUAGAACAUGUUCUCAGCAGCUGCAGAGUUUACACCCUCUAAAAUGCAUAGCUCACUGAUUGUUGGUCCCAGUCCCAACACAGUCUUGAACUAGCUUCAGUGUGGUGUCUGGGCUGGGACCAGCAAUCAUUUGAUUGUAGGUUCUAGCACUGGGACCCCCUGGGGCUACCGACAUUUGACUUUCAACUUGAUCCUGGAAGAACCUGGCAAAUGAAAGAUCUAGGAUCCUUCCUCUUGACAUUUGUGGCUUUCCUCAUCCCACCUGGAGGCUUGGUACAACAGAGGGGUUCCUGGCUGAUGUCAACUCUUGGGUGAGGACUGCAAAUUGCUCAUAUUAUCUUUGUGGAACAGUUCAAUAAGAGCUGAACACAUGUUACUUAACUGCAAUCUGGGGAUAUUCCUCACGCAAAAAUUUGUAAUACUGAUAUGAUAAAAGCCCACUUAGCACAUAUUUUACUGUUUCAAUGCACAGUUGCUAACAUUUUAAGUGUAUUUAGCACAUGCUAAGUGUAACUUCACGGGCAACUAGUGCCUCCCGAGUCGGGGGUGGGGGGAGCACAGGUCCCCCAGCGGCUGAUUGCUGAGCAAGCAGUGAAACUGGAAGUGCACUUCCGGUUUUGUGGCUGGUGCUUCCAGGGGGUGCACAGCCAAUCUCAGGGGUUGUGUGUGCACCUGCAUGCACCCCCUCUGUGUUGCCAGUGUGUAACUUGCAACAUGGCCCUAAGGCUUAGUCAGAAGCCAUCUAGAAUGAGCUAUGGGAUGUAUCUAGGAAUCAGGUGUGCCUUAAAUUCAGUCUCUCUCAGGAAUUUAGGUGUUUUACUCAGGCUGUUGGAUUGUCCUUCUGCCUGUCUAGGAUCCAUAGCCCAAUCCUCUCUUCUGAAGGUAAGUGCCUACAACCUUUCUUUCACAAAGGCAGUGAGGAUCAUUCGUUUUCUCUGUUUAAAACAUAAGGUAGGGAGACUAGGAAGAGGUCAUGCCCCUCUCCCUUGGUGGUUAAUGUACCCAAGAUGUGGGAAAUCUGGUUUUAGUUUCCUCCUUGGCCACAAAGGACCACUCUCAUCAACAUGAAGAAUGCCCUAAGCACCAGGCUACAGGCAGUCCUGGGGAACAGAGGCACUUUUUGCCCCUCUUUGUGAAGCUGUUCCACGGUGCAGAAAAUAAUUGAAUGUUUUUUGGGCCAGAGAAAGAGCAAGCGAGAGAGCUCCAGCUAGCGGGAGACGCAUGGCUGUAGAUGCAAGCUAUGUACUGAACUGCUAAGAAGUUUCAGGACUGACCUUCAGGUUCAGAAGUUGAGGUUAGGUGGCAAUUGAGCAAUGGUUUUCAGGAUUACAGUUUUGGAUUUUGGCAUCUAAAUUCUUCCUCAGUCCCAUUUUAGGUGCCUGUGAAUCCCUCUUUGCAUAUAGGCCCAUUUAACUUGAAUGUGGUGAUUUUUGGAACCUCAGUUACCUUAGUUUUUAGUAUUUGAAUGCUUUAUCAUAUUUGUGCUCAAUAUUCACUUAGCACUUAGUCUAAUAACCUACUUCACUUUGCUGAAAGGGAAAAUGGAAUGCAUUUUUUUUUGUAGGGCUCUUGUUAGCUAUUUAUGAUUUCAUCUGAAUCAGUGUUUCCACAUAAAUAUGCUACUUUCAUGGUAGUUUUUAUUAUUUUAUAGCAGGUCCAAGUGUGCUAAUUACUUUAUCAUAUACACAAAAGACACAGCCACUUCAAAGAGGGCAUACAAUCAGGUGACAUAAAGGCUAGUAUCUAAUAAGAGAUUAGACUGCUCAAAUAGGGGGAGGGUAUCAAAGUUAGAUAGGACCUUUGUUCAUAGUUAAGACAUCUCAUUAACAGUAUUUUACAGUUUACAGCCUGUUAGAGGAUGUGUUGUAAUAAUUGUUAGUGGUUAUUCUCUAUGAUAUGUCAUCUUUAUAUUUCAAUUGUCCAUUUUGCAUACAUCAGUUAAAUCUUCUUGUUUGAUUGGUAUCUAUUAAAGAGUUUUAAUCAGUGCUUGUAAGAGAUUCAGAUUCUGACCAUUUCACCAAAAAGAAGGAAACUUUAUACAGAAAUUAACAGAAAACUCCUCUUGCUAUGUGUGUGUGUUUAUCUGACUAAGAAGAACCAGUACUUGAAUGAUUUUUAUGUUUUAACAGACUGCCCUUCCAAUCCACAUGACCUGUCAGUCACUGACUGACUGGUUUGAAAACCAAAACUAUGUUUGUCUUCUGUAGUUUACGUGUUGUUUUUGGGCUAUGACUUGUGACCAGUGAGACUUUAUACAUUGCUCUAUACUGUGUUUGGUAGGAAUAAUAGUCUCUUUAUUAACUUUGUUUGCGUUUACCUGAUGAACAAAUUUUACCACAUGAACUUGUUUCAGCAAAUUAAAAAAGCAUAGCUGUAACUUUGAAAAACAGAACAUUUUAAAUGUAAUGCAGCAUAAAUCUUUUCCAGUAUACCAUUUCCCUCCUAAUAGUACAUUUUUCUGUAACAUACCUGUAUAUCAAUUGAAAAAUGAUCUGAGGAGCUGAUUUUUUCGAAUUGUGAGUAUAGGCAACAAGCUAUUCAUGAAUUCAUUAAGCUUCAGUUUUAGAGAGUUUGCUAAUGUGUCUAUAGCGAAUAAAUUGUUUUUCUUAUCAUUUCAAACAUCUAACAUGCAUUUCCAUUCAAUGACAGGUUACUUGGCUGAAUCUGUGGAUUAGCUUUAUAUGUCCAAUAACCCAGUUACUGGGAAAAGGAGUCCCUCUGUUUCCCAGAAUGUGCACAGUGAGGAAAGAGCAAGCGAGAAUUUAUUCUGCAUUUACUGCAGUCGCAGUAAUGGAAUUUUAGGCUAUGCAAUUAUACAUCUCUUUCAAAAAGAAAUAUACUGUACUGUGCUAGUUAGUUGGUCUCUAGCACCAGUCAUAAUGUUGGCAGAAGGCAUCCUAACAGGAAUUAUAUACAGAGAAAAGAAACAAAACAAACCCCACAGAUGUGACAUCAACAAAAAAGAGAAGAAGGAAACCUGGAAAGAUCAUCUUGUGGAUAGACUGGCAACUGAAGACCUUGCUACAGAAUCUAAGAAGCAGGACAAGAUCAUUGCAAAAGAUAGCAAGAAGGAACACAAUAAAGUUCUUCUUCCAUGUAAAUCAACAGAAGAGCUACCUGCAAAAGAACAUAAUAGUGCACAUGUAAAUGGAACCAUGUUUACAGGUUUACAUAUACCAGAAAGGGAACACAAUAAUGAAAAACAGCUGGAUUUGUAUAGAUCCUGGUCAUGCCACAGCAUUUAUCAAAACUACCCUGACCUGCAUAUUGCAGGAGACCAUGUAGGGGACUAUAUGCUUGAUUCAGGUUGUGUUAUGGAUGACACAUGUGAUGAACUCCCUGAUGGCCCUGUUUUAGUGUCAGUAGAUAUUCCCUUAGGUCAUUCACCUCCAAAGGAGCCUCUUGAAAAACCUACUUCAAAGUUCUUGAAUGGGGAUGAAGGUACAGAAAGGAGUAUGACACUCCACAAACAGCCUCUUUCAAAUUCUGUGCUCAACAGUUACAUGGAUAGAAAGAUGGAAGAGCUCUAUAAACAGGUUUUUGAAGAAAACCUGACUAGAUGUGGCUCUGUAACAAACCUCCAGACUUCCAGUUUGAUAAUGAAUAACUUAAAUCUGCUAAGUCUUCAAUUGUCCCAGGAACAUAAUAUAGAAAAAUCUAAAGCCAAAGAAGUGCUCUUACAUUCUCUAGCUUUGUUUAGUUGUCACAAUGCUGCCACUGGAAACAGUUCUGAGUUUAGUACUCCAAAUUUACAGAUCUCAAACCCUGUAUGCAAAAAAAAGAGCUUCCAGAUGAAGUUAACAUCAUGAAUGAACUGUUUGGUUACAGAGUAAUCUUCAGCCACAGUUUCUUCACUUUCAAGAUAAAUUGGUGACAUUUACAGAAAUUAGACACUACAGACUUGUUAAAAGAUAAUUGGUUUUGCAGUCUAAACCAGGGCUAUUCAACUUCUGAGUGGCUGAGGGCUGCAGGACUGCGCAGACUAGACACAACCUUGGGAAAUACCAUGGGUCGCACACUGCAUCGUUCUAUCCCACCCUGCGCCACACCACACAGUCUGCUGACGUGCCAUGAAAUCCCUGCAAGCCACAAACUUCCUCCACCCCUUCCCAUUGUGGAUGCACUGUGCAGACAAACCACACACAGCCCUCCAUCCCCCCAUGCUGUGCAGAUGUACCAUACAGCCCUCCUUGCUCUGUGCUACAUGGAUGCAAUGCAACACACUGCCCCCCCACCCCAAUUCCCAUGUGGUGGGUGACUCUACACUGCACCAGCAGGGAAGGUUCCAUGAGCCCUAUGGUUACAGACUCCCUCAGCCCUGCAAACUAGUUUACCCUGUCCCUGCCCAAGUGACAGGGGCAGGGGCAGGGAUAGGUGGCAGGCAGAAGAAGCUUGAGGAGCGGGGGGGAGCCCAGGGACUCUGGGUAUAGAGAAAAGCUAGGAGUGGAGCCUGGAGCAGGAGCUUGGGUACUGCAUGUGACUUGUGGGCCACCAGUUGAACAGGCCUGAUCUAAAUCAUACCUUGUCUAUGGUGCUACUUCAUUGCUUAUUUCAGGACUGAAUCACUGACUUCAUUGUAUUGUUGAAUAUAACACCUUAAAAUAUUUAUUUAGCCAAUUUUUUUUAAGUGGCUCAUGCCCAGCUUCUGAGAUUCCAGCUCUGCCAAUAUCUAUAUGACACUUUAUUAAUGUAUUUUGGGGCUACUUAAACAAGCAAAGUUUGCCAUGUACAAAAAAUAUUGGUAAAAUGUUACCCUGAGAAACUAAUCCAGGACCAAAUAAAAUUAAGGGUUUAGACUCGCAUUGACUUCAACAGUCGUUUGGAUUGAGCUCUACUUAGGAACUCAUGACCCUGAGCAUCCAAAUGUAGAAUAAACCUUUACAUACCUGAGUAUUGUUUCUGAGAAGAUGCAUCUUUCAUAUGAAAAUGCUGUUAGCAGGUGGGAAUGUUCAACACUGAUUUAUUGUGUAUAGCCUCUUAUAUGUGUAUCAUGUGAAAUGUAGACUUCAUAGUGAGGAAAGCUAAUGAGAACACUCUAUAGAAGGGAUUGAUAUAUGUAUGUAUGUGGUACUCUUGUUGCACAUGCAUAUUUUAUAUUAUACAUGUACAAUAUGUUACAUGGGAAUAGAAGUUUUAUUGGUUUCUAACAACUUAUGUAAUAUAUCAGCUUUGUACAAAGUUAUUAAAAUAUUUUCUGUACUUUAAACAUAAACUUUUUCUAUCGAUUUUGAAACUUA